CCGGGGGCUCAUCUGAAAGCCACGCUUCCGUAGUCUAACACAUUGGCUCGCGCAGGCCAGUCGCAUCCCAUAUUCGGCCUUACCCUGAUACUUUACGCGCGCGGUCUCCUCUCGUGCGAGAUGAAGGCCCGGGCAGCGUUCACAUUCGUGUGGCCAUUGAUGUGCAGCAUGGUUCCAUGAUGUCGCGCAUGGAGGCAGAGAUGGAGUCGGCAUCGGAGGCCUCAGCGUCUUCGAGCGCAAACUGGUACAUGUAUAAGUCGAUUGGAUGUUGGGACAAUUGCCCGCGUGUGUGGUCAACGAGCGCCAGCAUCGGCAGACCGUAUAGCCAAGCUUCUUGCGCGUCUCUCGCGAAAGCAGGGGGCUACAUGUUCUUCUCCGUAGAAGAUGGCAACCAUUGUUGGUUACAUUCAGAGACGUCGAUCAUUUCCACGCCGUCACUUUAUAGCACUUGUGCCGACGGAGGUAGCAGUUGCGUGACUCACGUGUACCUGCUGUGCCUGUCUGUCACGGCGAGGGCGGAAGCCUGUGAGCAGCCUAGCAGGGGAGCGUCCUGUAAUUGCGGGUGUGCGAUCAUCACGGGCAUGGGUAACGGGGACGCUACUUACAGCCACCCAUCGGGCUAUCGCGGCAUCCUGGUGUCCACUCGUGCAGGGCAUAAUUUCUUCAUGUGGACAGAUCUGACCUCGCUCAAAAAUCACCUUAAUGGCAUUGCUGCUGGCACGAUAGUUGCGAUCGCUACAAACGACGAACCGUUCGAAUUCUGGUAUGGGAAUUCAGGGAACAUCGGAACGCAAUUGAAUCAUAUCUUGGUGUCCAUGGGCAUGCCGGCGCCCAAUGGGGGUACCCUUUCCAGCAGUAUGUGGCGCGCUUCCUAUGCGGGCGUUGGCCAGGCGGGAUGCGGCAAUUCGUGUCCAACGUGGACAGGCAGCGUAUACAUAUACACGGCGCGAAACGCAGACGUUGCUAUAUACUCAACUUCUAUUUGUGCGACGACGCCGUCCCCGACGCCCUAUCCGACGCCCUGCCCGACGCCCUACCCGACGCCCUACCCGACGCCCUACCCGACGCCCUACCCGACACCCUACCCCACGCCGAACCCGACGCCCAACCCGACGCCUGACCCGACGAGCAGCCCAACCUCCAGUCCGACCGCGUCCCCCACGACCAGCCCGACGUCUGCGCCAGCGGCGCCGCCCAUCAACAGCGGCCCAAUGGUUAAGGGCAUCGGCGACCCGCAUCUCGCCAACACGCUCGGCCAGACGUUUGACCUGCUUCAGGCUGGGCACCACACUUUAGUCCAAAUCCCCAGGUGGGAGCGGCAUCUGAUUGAUUUCCUCGUGGAGGCGAGGGCGAGUCGCGCUGGGCGUGGGUGCGCUGAUCUAUACUUUACGGAGAUCAACAUCAGCGGCACGUGGGCUCGUCGUCACAGGGCAACGGGCUUGCGUUGGGACGCCGAGGCUACGAGGCUGGCCAAACCAACAUGGGUGACCUUCCACAAUGUGGUCAAGGUCAAAAUUGUGCAUGGCCAACACGAAAUACCUCAAUAUCUUCAUGAAGGGGCUGCACAAUACAAAGGUCCCAGUGGGUGGCCUCCUCGGGGAGGACGACCACACGGCGGCCACCACCCCAGACAAGGGUUGCAAAGACAUCAUGACGCUGUGAGUCUUCUCUCGCCCGGGUCUCACAGUGCAGAGUGAUUACGGAACAUGGCUCCAUCAUCAAUUCAGGAUUCAGGACAGAAACUCAUGCGCGAACCAAGCAUGUCCAUCUCUCGUUCAAGUGCCGUGUGGGAUAAGUAAUGCUGGGGUAUCUAAUUGCAUGGCGCUGCAGCCCAGGGUAGCAGCGCCUUUCACGCAGCAGUAUCCAGCGAGCUGCAGCCCAAGGUAGCAGCUCAUGUACAGCGCUGGAUUGUGGUCUUCUGCGACAAGAACUGAGAUGCCCACUUGCUUUUUGGAUCGUUCUGCUCCCUCGCACUAUCUUCCGAGGCGGGGAUUUUAUACACCCAACUUACCGCGUUUUCAUUAUCAGCGCGCGUUUGGCGCAGCUCGCGGUUGGCGCGCAUUUGGCGCAUCGACUGCUUCGCCUUCUGGUAACUGACUUGCUCCCUGGUUGCCUGAAAGUGCGGCAAA